AUGGCUUGUCAGACCGACCGACUCAUGGUAUUGGCAGGUUCUGUCAUUAGCUCUCGUGCCAGUCGCUGCAAAACACGUGCUGAUGAAGAGGAAGGUACCUGGGCGCGUGCCAUGACCACGACCACUGGCUCUGAUCAAGAGGUUCCUUACAUCGAAACAGCGCCACCUACAGAGCAAGAGGGACACCAGAAAUUAGAACAAGAAGAAAAUAUACAAAGUGGAAAACUUAAAGUCAAGACCACGGAAUUGGUCCAGGUGUCCGAAGAACUGUUCCAGGACUUAAGCCAGAUGCAAGAGGCGUGGUUAGCGGAGGCUAGUCACUCAGACCAAGAGAGAGAACAGUUUGUCCCUGGCUACUCUUCCACAGCCAAAACACCCCUGAAUGGAGUGAAUGGAUGCCUUAAAGUGAAGCCAGAGGCAAAGUCAACCUCAAACAGCUGUUGUAAGUCCACCAAUCCUCAGUGCUGCCACAAACCCUCACUGUCAAAGUUUGAAUUUGGGGAAAGGAGUUUUGUCAAUGGCUCAUAUGAACAGACCCCAUCACCCACAGAGUCCGUGUGUUCCUCCAACUCAGGAAAAGAGUCUGGCUCGACGCUGUCUUCAUCGGGCUCGUGUAGUAAGGAGUCGGUGUGUUUUUCACCACCCGCAGAAGCCAGCUGUACCUACUUUAGUCACUCAUCCAGGUUACACCGAUCAGAUCCAGAACGAGGUUACAUUUCUGCGGAGCCUCAGUCCGGAUACUCACACCUCGUGUCUUCAUCCUAUGCCCAUCAUUUUUUCAAACAAGAGCAUCACGAUCGCAGCUACGACAUGGCCACCAUCACACGGAAUCAUGGGUACCCACAACCACCUUGUGCUCCGCCCCCUCCCGUGCAUAUCAAACAGGAGCCAAGGGACCUGUCUUUUGACAAUGGAUUCUCCUGUCCCUAUGACAACAGCAUGCGCUUCUUCUGUCACGAGGCUCCAGACUCUGCCUAUUUUGAACGAAUACGAGAAAAACACCGGGAAAGAUGUGAAGGAAUGGAAAUGAAAGCAGAAUUCUAUCGAGACUUUUAUCUUGACCGUUACCAUAGAGACGGUCCCCACCCAACCUAUCAACGAAGAGGAUCCCUCCAACUGUGGCAGUUUCUUGUGGUCCUAUUGGAUGAUCCUUCAAACUCCCCCUUCAUCUCCUGGACUGGGCGGGGCUUAGAAUUCAAAUUGAUCGACCCAGAAGAGGUCGCCAGACGCUGGGGUUUGCAGAAGAAUAGACCAGCCAUGAAUUACGACAAACUGAGUCGUUCCCUACGCUACUAUUAUGAGAAAGGUAUCAUGCAGAAGGUGGCCGGCGAGAGAUAUGUCUACAAGUUUGUGUGUGACCCAGAGGCAUUGUUUUCAAUGGCGUUUCCCGACAACCACCGCCCAAUACUUAAAACAGACUGUUCCCGCGACGAAUUUUUCCGUGACACUGCUAACCAGACACUAGAUGGACAACCUUUGGCGAUUACUGCCUCCAACGGACCAACAAGUCACAUGACAAACAUGGCUACCAGCCACAUGAAUCCCGGACACUUUUCGUCAGGUCACAUGACCCCUGCGCAUAGUUUAGCAAUGGUGUCUCCCCCGGUACACUCGCCCAGUGGAGGUGUUCAGUCACCCGAACAGCACAGAUUUCUACAAGAAAUGCAACGCAUGUAUAGCUCCGGGCCCUACAUGGACAACUGUGUCUACUGAAAUUUCUGAACACAUUGUUACUGUUGUCAAGGUCGGCAACUCUUCAAUCAUGAAUAUUUAUAUAUGUACAUGUAUAUAUAAGCAUCUGAAUUCGUUGUCAUGGAAACACAUAUAUGGUGAGUUAUCAAAAGUAAGCAAUUUGAGCAGGACUCAAUCACGACCAUGACAACAACAAAAGUAAAAAAUAUUUUUUCAUGAUGCCAUGAGGGCCGUUUAAUUUCAUCUCCUGUCAUAACAAAAUACUGUGUGCCAUAAUUUUAAGUUAAAGUGCUUUUGAAAAGUUGCAGUUGAAGAUUGAAUUUAACCUGUCCCUUUGAUUUAUACAAGAGUUCUUUUUUGUUUACUUUGGAGUCGUUUAUUUUAUUUUGAUUAUCUUGUUUCAGUGACUCCAACACAACAUCCAUUAUUUAUCCAUUUUAAACAUCCUUGAAGCAAAAGCAUUCUUCUAGGGGAGCAUUUAAUUCUAUAAACAGCAAACAAGAGGAAAUUCUUGUCCAGUUCCAGACAUUGGUACAGAUGUCCAAUAUUGUACGGGGUUCAACUCAUCUUUCUCCUGCUGUAUCAUCCUAUUCAAGAUAUAUUAUAAAGAGUGAAAAAAAAGUGU